AUGUCUUCGAGAAAACGACCAGCCACCGAACCACUAUCUCCGCCACAUUCUCCUAAACAUCCACGUCUUAGUUUGGAAAUUCCUGACAGGGACCCUCCUAAAUCAAAGAAAAUCAUUGGUCGUUGGUGGGCAAUGGCGAAAGACAUGACGGAACUCGUUAUGGACACCAUCUCGGCGAUUGCUUCGCUGGGAUUAUCAUCUCCAACCCCAUCUUCCUCGUCGCCAGAACCUGAUACUCCGUCGCUUGUGGAUGAAGCACGGUUAUCCUCCUCGCCCGUAUCCUCUUCUUUAGAUACUCCUCCACAAAGUCCUUCUCCACGUACAAGAUCAGAUGCCAACCUCUCCUCCACCCCGAAACAACGCCCAGGCAUUUCAAUACAGUCUCCACCGACAAAUGACACACACCAAAGUGACUGGGCCUCGCGAGAUCCUCCAAGUGAAGACGAAUCAUUCCGAAUAUUUGACGACGCAAACUUCUCCACACCAAAAGCACAACGUGUUCGGUCGACUAGUUCUGAUCAUAUCACUCUCGAGACCUCUUCUCCAAAUAAUGCGUCCAACUCUAGUGGCUUAAACAGUUCAGGGACACCAAAGUCACAGGAGUCGCGAGACAGUUCAACUCGAACAACUCAGACUUCAAAAUCACCGACCCUCAUCGCUGUUCCAAAGUCACGGAAUCACGUUUCAAGGAAGCCUGGUAGACGUGGGAGUCACCAACCUAUCAAAAAGAGAAAGCAUAUAUACGACGAUGUGCAUAAGGCUCAUGUUAAACGUUAUAAGCUCGAGUUGAGGGAGGAAUUGAGUCAAAGGUUCUAUCAAGCAAAGAUAUCUCAUGGCUAUCGAUCUUCGUACCCUGAAUUCAAGGGUUGGCUAUCCUACAAGAAAACCUUGGAAGAUUUGAACAGCGCGCCUUCGGUUUCUGGAUUACUUGGACCCCCUGCACAAUCGUCUGGCACCUCACAGGAUGGGAUUGUAGGUGAUGAUUUGACUACGGGAACAACCUUGACUAAUGAAAUUCCACAGACUCCUGAAUACUUGCAGCGUGCAUUGGACAUAUUCGAUGCCACUAUGAAUGGUCCUAAACCUCCUAGACCAAAUAUCCCAAGUAUCGACGAACUUGCAGCGCGCAAAAAGGCGAAACAGGAAGCUAUCGACAAGCUCCUUCGUCCUCCUCCUUUACCGACCAGCCUGUCUCCAGAAGAGGAACAGCAAGUAUCAGCCUUGCUUCGCCAACGUGGUGUUAUCUCCAAAUUUGCCAGAGAGCAAGUAUCCGAUCAAGACAUCUCUCGACUUCGUCCUGGUCAAUGGCUAAAUGACGAAAUCAUCAAUUUCUACGGUGCCAUGAUUCUCGCUCGUUCUGAAGGAAGUAAAGAAAACCCUACUUCCGUCUCGAAAGACAAAGGAAAGGCCAAGAUGAAGGCACCUUUGAAUGUGCAUUACUUCAGUUCGUUCUUCUGGACGAAGAUGACGCAAGAAGGGUACGAUAAAGGAAGGCUCGCCAAAUGGACCAAGAAGUUGGAUAUCUUCUCGAAGGAUGCCAUUCUCAUACCUGUCAACCAUGGCAAUGCUCAUUGGACUGCCGCUUCAAUCAAUUUCCGUCAAAAACGCUUCGAAUCGUAUGAUAGCAUGAACAUGGCGAAAUCUAAAGUAUUCCAGGUUCUACGAUCAUACGUUAACUCGGAACACAUGAACAAAAGGAACAAGCCUUUCAACUUCGAUGGUUGGGAAGACUGGGCACCAGCGUCGACCCCACAGCAGGAAAACGGCUACGACUGCGGUGUCUUCACAUGUCAGUUCCUGGAAUCGCUAUCUAGAGGCGAAGAUUUCUUCAAUUUCUCGCAAGCCGAUAUGCACUAUCUUCGAAGACGAAUGAUCUGGGAAAUUGGCAACUCCAAACUCUACAAUUCCCGUUAG